AUGCCCUUAAAUAUUAUUGGAACAGCUUUGCUAGAUGGCACUGAUAAAAUUCCUUACUAUCAAACAAUCAAGAAAGUGGCACCCUACGUACUAGGAGUUAGUGCCAUCAAAUAUUGGUCAAGAGGACCAACAAACACAUGGGAAAGGAAAUUGCAUGGCAAAGUCUAUUUGGUCACUGGUGCUACAUCUCAAGGAAUGGGGACGUCUGUGGCCUACAAAAUGGCGGAAUUAGGCGCACAAUUAAUCAUCCUUACCAGGGAGGUGGAUGAAUGGGUUACUGAAUGGUGUGAAGAUUUGCGUGAAAGGACAAGUAACGAGUUGAUUUUCGUAGAAAAAUGUGAUUUAAGCAAUUUGUGGGAAAUUCGUAAAUUCGCCACAAGCUGGUUGGAUAAUUCGCCACCCAGAAGAUUAGAUGGUGUCAUCGUUAUGUCUGGUGACAUGGAGCCAUGGGGUAUCCCGAAAAUAUCACUGCCGCAAAGGAGAUCUUCGAAGGAUGGGCUGGAAUUACAGAUGGCCACAAACUAUGUAGCAAUUUUCCAUCUUUUGAACUUACUACAGCCUAGUUUCAAGGCUCAACCGCCUGAUAGAGAUGUAAGAAUCAUUCUUGCUACAUGCUGGUUACAAGUCGUCGGUGAUAUUAAUAUAGAGGACCCCCUAUGGCAGAAUGCCAAAUACAAAAGUUCUUUGAAAUUUUUUGCAAGCAGUAAACUACAACUGGGGUUGUGCAUGAUGGAGUUGCAAAGACGAAUUACUAUGGACAUCAAAAAUCAAAAGACCAGUGGCCCUGAAAGAACCGGUAAAAAUGUUACUGUCACUUUGGUUCAACCCGGUACUAUGAGAUCAAACAGUUUACGUCGUGUCAUCAGUAAUGGAUCUGUUACUUUGUUGAUAGUGCUAUACUGUAUUUUAUUGUACCCCAUCUUGUGGCUGUUUACCAAGAGUGGCCGUCGUGGCGACCAAAGCUUCUUGUACGCCUUAAUGACGCCAGAAUUGGAGGAGAUAAAUUUGAAGGACGCGAAAGCCAAGUAUAUUUCAGGUUGCUCAAUUGUGAAAUUCGCUCGUAAAGAAUUCGAUGACGAGGAAUUACAAAAAAAACUAUUCGAGCAUACUGAAAGGGACAUAUUGAAAUUAGAAAAGAAGAUCGCGGCGAAUAGAAAUGCCAAUAAAAAGGGGAAGAAAAGUGUCAAGAAGAAUCAGAGCAAGAGUGAAAAAGAUGAUUAG